UAAAAAAAAAAAGCCAAAGGGAUAAUAUUCCCUACUGUCCCCAGCGAUAUAGAAUCCAAUAGAUUCACUUCCUCAUAUCAACCGUCAAAAAACAUCAACUUGCAUACCAUAUGGAUGAUUAAAAAAAUGAAAAAAUAAAAGAAAAAAAGGAAAAACAUUUCCAAAAUUGAAAUUAAUUUGAAGCCACUAGGGUUUGGUGUUUCGAGGAAGAAGGUAGAAAGAAAGAAAAGAAAAUGCACAAAUCCAAUGUAUUCAAUCCCUCCAUUUUUUGGUCACAAAAUUAGAGCAUAUUCUCAUCAUCAACAUAAUAAUCAAAUUGGUCUCAUGAUAAGCUCCAAUUGUACUCACUCUUUUCCUCAACGCCCUCUUCUUUCUACUUCAUCUCCUAAAUUUAGGGUUUCCACAUUUCCCCCCAAAUAUUUACCUUCACUUUCACAAAGAAUCAGAAUCUCUGAACCCCAUCACAGGAUUUCUACCAAGAGAUGGAAAAUUUCAUGCUUUAGGAAUGAAGAAUCGUCUGCAGGUUCCUCCAACCCUGAGUUUAUUGAUGAAGUUUUACAUAAGGAAUUGGAGAAGCCGGAAAUUGAUAAACCAAACGUUGAGAAAAGAGGCUGGAUUUCGCGACUUAGAGAGGCUGCAGAUGUAGUAGUUAAGGUGAUCGGAAAACCAUGGACUGUCCCAUGGACAGCUGAGACGAUCCUUCAGGUUAUGCUUCUUUGGAUUGUCUCGUUUUGGUUUAUAGGUUCUUGGAUGAUUCCUUUUGGAGCCUAUAUGGUAGGUAUUAGCAAAGAAUCACUCACGUUCAGAGGGCAGGCUUUGUUCAGCCUCUUGACUGAUGUAACCGAGGGUCUUGCUGGAAUUCUAAUUCUUAAACGCUGCCUAUCCCGUUUUCGACCCCUUCCAGAAGAUUGGUUCAAGUUUAGCCUAAAAGGGAACUGGCUAUUUGACGUUCUUCUCGGAUGCCUCAUGUUCCCAUUAGUGAACCGGCUAUCACAGUUCAACCUGGACCUAUUGCCUGUUCUCCCUUCAACUCCUGUAACACUCUCUAGUGUCGAGCAGUCUAUAUUGGCGCGGGACCCGGUGGCAAUGGCAUUGUACGCAUUGGUACUUGUUGUGUGUGCCCCGCUUUGGGAGGAGAUUGUAUUUAGGGGAUUCCUUCUCCCUUCAUUGACAAAAUAUAUGCCUGUAUGGUGUUCAAUUCUUGUGAGUUCAAUUGCCUUUGCUUUAGCACAUUUUAAUGUACAAAGGAUGUUACCACUAAUUUUUCUAGGGGUUGUAAUGGGUGUAAUAUAUGGACGUUCAAGGAAUUUAUUGCCAUCCAUCCUUUUGCAUAGUCUGUGGAAUGGCUUUGUAUUCUUAGAUCUAAUGAAAUAAAUAGAACUUAUUUCGAUUCA